AUGAGCAGUUCUGUUUUGUGCUUCACAGUUGCGCCCUUCUUCCCUUUCCUCUAUCAACCUCCUCUCUCACUCACCCUCCUCUCUCAACCUCCUCUCCUCUCUCACCCUCCUCUCUCACCCUCCUCUCUCACCCUCCUCUCUCAACCUCCUCUCCUCUCUCACCCUCCUCUCUCAACCUCCUCUCCUCUCUCACCCUCCUCUCUCAACCUCCUCUCUCAACCUCCUCUCCUCUCUCACCCUCCUCUCUCAACCUCCUCUCCUCUCUCGCCCUCCUCUCUCUCCCUGCGUGCCCGUCCCCCUACAGCUGCACAAGCGGUCGUUGGUGGCAGAGCUGGUGACAGGCGAGCUCCAGACCCAGUCCAGUGUGCCCCCUACGCCAUCUCGAUCUCUUCUGAGGCACCUAGCGAGUGCUCUCUAUGCCGCUUUGUCUUGCUCUCUCCCCUCAACCACUGCUGUAGGUACGCAGCAGUGUUUGCGGCAUUCAUCACCGCCACUGCCGCCACCGUUGGGAUCGACUUUGCAGCCAACUUCGCCGCCACGCUUGCCACUCGCUUCGAGGCUCUGUACGAAGCAGAUGAAGCAGAUGAAGCGUUGGGUCUGCGCAACCGCACCAUGCUGCUCGCAGCAGGGAAGAUGGGAGACCAUGUUUUCAAGGAUUAUGCCGUCUGUCACGUCGCCCCUUCCCCUUCCCCUUCUCCCCGCCUAUUGAACUCUGCCAUCAGGCGCUCAUGCGGGCUUGCCCUGAGAGCUGUCGAUCCUGUAGCAAUGAAGGAGUUCAUCCUAUCCGUGCAGAGCAAGGCAGCUGAUAUACCUCUACUUCUCCCACCACUCCCACACCCCUCCACUACCUACCUCCCCAUGCCAGCAUGCGGCCUUGCCCUGAGAGCGGAUGACCCUGUAGCAAUGAAGGAGUUCAUCCUGGCUGUGCAGAGCAAGGCGGCGGACAUAAGGAAGCAAGCUCAAGAGGCGCAAAGCGAGGCUGCUCCUGCUUCUGGUGGCGCCAAGGCAGCAGCGCCAGUGUUGAGCAAGCGGGUGGGUGCAGUGCAGCGGCCAGAAGCAGGAGGUUUAGGUUUAUCCGUUGUGCCAUCCGCCAUGCCAUCCCUUGCACAGCUGCCCUCGGUCACGAUCGCCCACAUUACGAACAACCGACCUCUCGUGCCACCCCCUGCACUGCCCCUCGUGCCACCCCUUUAUCACCCUUCCACACCAUCCCUCCCCUCGCCCCCUCUUCCCAAACAUCAAGAAGUGGGACCAUGGGAGGUGCAGGAGGGGCAGGGGGAACAGGGAUGGGGGGAGGCAACCUCUCAUGCCAACCCUUUCUUCUCCUCACAGCCCCCAACAUCACAGGUGGAGAUCAUGCUCGAAACCAUCACAGACAUCAAGAACAACCGAGCGCCCCGUGUAGAGUUCAUGCUCGAAACUAUCACCGACAUCAAGAACAACCGAGCGCCACAUGCCACCUGCCCCCCCGUGUACUGCCCCUCAUGCCGCCCCUUUAUCGCCCUUCCUUCCACCCCUCAAGCCUUUAUAAUCUGCACACCCUCCCCCCAAUCAAAUGUUUUGCAGGUGGAGUUCAUGCUCGAAACCAUCACGGACAUCAAGAACAACCGAGCGCCGCGCAACGCCGGUCGCAGGGGAGGCAGUGGGACCAUGGGAGGAACAGGGGGAGCAGGGGGGACAGUGAUGGGGGGAGGGGGCGCGGCCGUAGGGGGAGGGGCUGCGGGGAAGGGGAAGGGGAAGGGGGCGGUGAGCGUGUUUACAAAGGGAGGGGGAGCAGAGGCUAGUGAUGGCAGCACGGCCGUUUCCCGCCUGCAGAAAUGGCUGCUCAAGCGUCCAGUGGAAAUCGUUCAGCUACGGUCGCUGACGUGGCAGCGCCUGAUUGACCCGCACAAGCAUGGCCAAUGGUGGCACUCCUCCUCCUCCUCCCAACCCCUCGGCUCCCUACCCGCCACGUCAGCAGCACUGGGGGGCAGCAGUGGCAGCGCCAGCCUGGCGGUCCAGCUGGCGGGGAACGCGCUGCUGGAUGCUGCUGACGUGGCGGAAGCUGAGAGGCUGAUGCAGCUGGCGGCGGCGCAGAGGAUGAACACGGACGCCAGGCGGGCGGUGUUCUGUGUGAUUAUGAGCGCGGAGGAUUAUAUCGAUGCUUUUGAGAAACUUCUCAGGCUGGGUUUACCCGGCAAGCAGGACCGGGAGAUUCUGAGGGUUCUAGUGGAGUGCUGUAUGCAGGAGCGGCACUUUAACAAGUACUACAGUCUCCUAGCCGCCCGCCUAUGUGGCCAUGCUCGGAGUCACAAGUUCAGUCUGCAGUACUGCCUGUGGGAUCACUACCAGCAGCUUCCCGACAUGGACCCCCGCCGCUCGCUGCACCUCGCUCAGUUCGCCGCCCAAAUCGUGGGCAACCACGCGCUCUCCCUCGCGUUGCUCAAGCCUGUUGAUUUCGCGGACCCAGCAGCAAUGCACGCGCGCAUAGCAACCCACUUCCGCCUCUUCUUCCUCUUCCUCCUCUCCUCCUUCCCCCCCGCCACCCUCUGGUCCAUCUUCUCCCGCAUCGCCGCCCCAACCACCCUCGGCCCGCUACGAGACGGAAUCCUCCUCUUCUUCGCCGCCCAUCUCUCGCCACACGCGCCGUCCACACGCCAACUACUACAGUAUAUCAGGAGCGAGGGGGGGAGUGAGGGUGGAGGGGCAGCUGCUGGUGUGGCAAAGGGAGGGGAGGAGGAGAAGGUUCUAGAAGAGAGGUUCAGACUGGCGAAGAAAGGGAUUGCAAACAUUGCUGGGACUCCUUACAAGUGA